AGCAAUGCGGAUCGUAGUUAUAUUUUAUUAUCUUUACAGCUUGCAAAAUGGUAAUAUGGUUAUAUGUCAUAAAAAUGAAUCAGGUCAGAUGUAUAAGGAACGAUUUGAAAUUUUCAAGAAAAUAAACAAUAGAAGCUAUGCACGUUCCCAUGAUGAAAUGCGCAGCUAUGAAGCCUAUGAGGAAAAUCAAAUAAUUGUCAACGAACAUAAUACGUAUUACGAAACUGGAAAAAGCAGCUUUCGAUUAGCAACAAACACAAUGGCUGACAUGAAUACCGAUUCAUACCUCAAGGGAUAUUUACGUUUAUUACGGAGUCCAGAGAUUUCUGAUUCGGACAAUAUUGCCGACAUUGUUGGAUCACCGCUGAUGAAUAAUGUUCCUGAAAGUUUUGAUUGGCGUAAAAAGGGAUUUAUUACACCACUGUAUAAUCAACAAAGCUGCGGCUCCUGCUAUGCCUUCAGUAUAGCUCAAAGUAUAGAAGGGCAGGUGUUCAAGCGCACCGGUAAGAUUGUGGCCCUAAGUGAACAACAAAUUGUGGACUGUAGUGUCUCCCAUGGCAAUCAAGGCUGUAUCGGGGGCUCACUACGAAACACUCUAAGAUAUCUACAGGCUACCGGGGGUCUAAUGAGAUCCCUUGAUUACAAAUAUGCCUCAAAGAAAGGAGAAUGCCAAUUCGUUAGCGAACUCGCUGUAGUCAAUGUGACAUCGUGGGCCAUUUUACCGGCAAAGGAUGAAAACGCAAUUCAAGCAGCUGUGGCACAUAUUGGUCCAGUUGCAGUCUCCAUUAACGCAAGUCCCAAAACUUUUCAACUUUAUAGUGAGGGCAUUUAUGACGACGUAUCCUGUACAUCAACUUCUGUAAACCAUGCCAUGCUACUGAUUGGCUUUGACAAAAACUUCUGGAUUCUAAAGAACUGGUGGGGAGAAUUGUGGGGAGAAGCUGGCUUUAUGAGAAUGCGUAAAGGUAUUAAUUUAUGUGGGAUUGCCAAUUAUGCAGCUUAUGCAAUAGUAUAAGUCAGAGAAAGACAAAUGUCGCCAUAAUUACACCAAUAAACAUGCUUUAAUGUGUAUAUUUAGUAUAAGUACUAAAUAUCAUGUAGGAUAAAAUUAUAUUGAAUGUCCAACAUGCACACGGAGAUAUGUAUAAAUAUAUAUGGUAUUUACACCCCGCAAUCUGG